AUGCAUCAAACGAACGGAACCGUUUCAUCCGCUAACGGUCCUUCCACAGACACCGCUGCUGACUGUUCGUCUUCACAUUUGAAUGCCAAUCCCAACCAGCCUCGUCCAAGAGAUAGAACUGUGCUGUUGGCGACCGCCUUAGUCAAGGUACGCGAUUGCUCUGGUCAUUGGCAACCCGCUCGCUUGCUGUUUGAUUCUGGUUCGCAUGCUUCCUUCGUAACCGAGUCAUCCCUAUGCUUUACUGUUGACGCAUUGUUUCUGCCUAAAAUCACAAGCGAUUUGCCAACACAGCCCUUGAAGGUUUCGGCGUGGCCGCACAUACAAAAUCUAUUUUUAGCCGAUCAGCACUUCAUGAAACCCGGGCGUAUCGAUAUCUUGGUCGGAAUGGACGUCAUGGUACAGCUCCUCUGCUCGGAGAUUCGUAAGGGUCCCCCCGGUACGCCCGUGGCUCAACGAACGGUUUUCGGUUGGACGUUAUUUGCAAAUGUCGAUGAAUCCGAAUCCACUUCGCUCGGCUUACAGUCUCUGCAUUGUGAAGUUCAUUUAGAUCGAGCGCUCACUAGACUUUGGGAGUUAGAAGAAGCACCGAAAAAGGCCCACCUCACCUACGAAGAACGCUAUUUUGAAGAAUUUUGCGAAAAAACGCACAGAAGGUCACCUGACGGUCGAUUCAUAGUAGAGCUGCCGCUGAAAUCUGACGUACCCUUGGGAGCAUCACGAAGUUAUGCUGUUCGAAGUCUACUAAGCAUCGAAAAAAGACUUGCGCGAGAUGACGACCUACGCCAACGCUACAAUGAGUUCAUGCAAGAACUCAUCGACAUGAAGCACAUGGAACUUGCACCACCGCCAACGGAUCAAACGAUCUAUAUGCCGCAUCACCCCGUUAUAAAAGAGUCAAGUGUCACGACUAAAUUGAGAGUCGAUUUCAAUGCGUCCGCCAAAACCACCACCGGGAAUUCGUUGAACGAUGCAUUAUUUGUUGGUCCCCAAUUCCAACCUGAUUUAUAUUCAAUUUUAACACGUUUCAGAACUCAUCGCUACGCAGUAACCGCGGACAUCGCGAAAAUGUACCGCCAAAUAUGCAUGUCCACGAAAAACCUCAAUCUACAACGCAUUGUCUGGCGUCGUGACCCGACGUUACCCAUAAAGGAUUAUCGCAUGUUGCGCGUUACUUAUGGCGUUGCCGCUGCGUCCUACUUAGCCGUUAAAUCGCUGCAACAAACCGCAAAAUAUUCGUCACACAUUUGUGAGAAGGCUGCUGCCGUCAUCCAUAAGGACUUUUACAUGGAUGAUCUCCUCACUGGUGCGUCUUCUAAAGAAGAGUUGCUAUGUUUACAACGAAACGUCUCCGAAAUACUGAAGGAAGGGGGUUUUGAACUUCGAAAAUGGGCGUCUAAUUGUGCGGAACUUUUUGAAAAUGUUUCGAAUGCAUCAGAAAAUAUAUCACACUACCUAGUCGAUAGUAAAGAUGUCCAUGCCUUGGGCCUGAUAUGGAAUACAGAGGAGGAUUACUUCACGUUCUCAGUUAAUCUGAAUCAACCACCCACUAUUUUAACGAUGAGAACAUUCUUGUCUGAUGCUAGCACGCUUUUCGACCCACUGGGUCUGCUCGCUCCAGCGACCAUAAGAUCAAAGAUGUGGUUUCAGGAGAUCUGGCGUAUGAGUGUCGGUUGGGAUGACGUUAUUCCAGACUGCAUCGCAGCACAGUCGCGACAUCGCUCGGAAUUGCUACUGCUAUCAAGUUUAAAGAUAAGUCGCUGGUUUGGCUCAGGAGCAGGUGAGUCGUUCACUGAGCUACAUAUUUUCGCUGACGUUUCCGAACGCGCUUACGCUGCCGUAUUGUACGCGCGCACAUUACACAACGACGGCAGUAUUACUGUCGUGCUGAUCUCGUCGAAGAUUAAGGUAGCACCACUUAAAACAACAACCCUGCCGCGCUUAGAAUUGUGCGCUGCACAUCUUGCUGCUAAAUUGGCGCGAAGCGUGUUACAUAGCUGGGGUGAUCUCCGCUAUCCGAUCUAUGCGUGGACUGACUCAACUAUUACAUUGGCAUGGCUUCAGGCGCAUCCUAGUAAGUGGAUAACUUUCGUUGCCAAUCGCGUUGCUGACAUCCAAGAAGUUUUACCGCCUGAAUGUUGGAACCAUAUCCGCUCUGAACUGAAUCCAGCAGAUUGCGCUUCUAGAGGUGUAACUCCGUCUGAACUACUGCAUCAAAAACUAUGGUGGUCUGGUCCUGAAUUCUUAAAAGGUCCUGACCAUUUCUGGAAGCUAUCACCGCUGCGCCGCAUCAUUGCUUACGUGUUAAGGUUUUUCGUCAACGCUCGAGUUAAGACACGAAUCAAUGCUGCUAAACGGGUCGGUUCUCCCUGCUGUCAAGAGAUAUCCGAAGCUGAACUGCGCUUGAUCAGCAGGAGAAAGCCGAUUCCGAUUUUGACAUUGCAUCCAUAUCUCGAUGAGAAAAACGUCUUGCGAAUAGGAGGUAGGAUCAAGAACGCUGAAGUAGCUGCUGACGUAAGACAUCCGAUUAUCCUGCCAAAAAACUGCCCACUUGCGAAACUGAUCAUUCACGAUAUUCACGAAUUCACAUUAGACGCGGGACCUCCCCUCAUGCAAACCAUCCUGCAACGUCGAUAUUGGGUUAUUGGCGCCCGCAGCCUAAUUCGUAGCACAUAUCGCAAAUGCGUAAAGUGCACCUGUCUCAACCGCAAUCUCGCCGCACAUUCAAUGGGGGAUUUACCUGCGGCCAUCGGGCGUUGCCUCGUCCCAUCACCGUCACCAGUUAUACCGCCACUUAUGCGAGCCUUCGGAUCGGCUGUGCUGCUCUUGAACAUCCAUCAAUUUCUGCGGCUUUCAUCAACAACCCGUCGUUUGCCACAUCAACAACAACAACGGCAACAGCGACAACAACAACUGGAACAAGUUUGUGCGAUUGUUUGUGGCGAACAGUAG